GUUGUCACGUGCAUAUUUUGCACCAUGAAGUGCUGCAGUUUGCAGUGACGCCAUGUCCGGAAUCCUGCCACAAGCGUUGGUGGUGUUAGAGGCAAUGACUGCGUGGAUGUUGGCAACAAGUUCAGCUGUGGCCGACGCAGCUGCAUCCAUCGGACUUCACAAUGAAGCCUUGACCUUGGGCAGUAGCAUCCUGUUGGCUGCAUUCCUGGGAGCUUUGGUGUUGUCGCUUGGGAAGAAAGACCAGGCCAAGGUCUUCACCUCGAAACGUACGAAGAGCUCGAUUCAUGACCUCAUCGAAGAAGACUUCCGGAACAUGGGAAUGCCACAAGAACCUCACCUCGAAGGAGGGUUUCUCCCUCCAACGAGGCUAAUCCACAGCAACAGCCUCGAAGCCUUUGACUUCGACAAUGAGAACUGCAGCGGCCAGUUCUUGGUCUUGCACCGUCCAACCUAUGACAGUAAAUUGGAUUCCUCGGGCAACUAUCGCUACGGCGACUACUUCGCUGGAAAAAAGCGCCUGUGGGAGAUUCGUUUCCGCUUCCACUUCAAACGCCGGGUGUCGCUCUGCGACUUGUUCUUCGGCGCCGAGCUCGAAGCCUACGUGCCGGUGAAUGCGGCCACCAAAAGAGUCAUGGACCUUUCAGUUUCCGGCAUGAGACAAGUGGUUGGCGACCGGCUCUACCAUACUUUGGGCGAAGCCACUGGGGAUGGAGAGAGGGAACAGCCAGCCAUCCUGCUGCCGCUUUGGGCCUUUGACCAGUUCUUAGAGACUCCGGAGGGAGAGACACCGCCUGAGUUGACGGAUCCCAAUCUCCCGACCUAUGGCCAUAAGCGAGUGGGUCAACUCCGAGAGUACAAGCGCCUUAUGGAUGCCUUAGAUCUCAGGCCCGGGCCCACCUUCACCUUUUGUUUCUGGGGAGUGUCUCGCUUCUGCGACGUAAUGACCUGGCAGGCCACAGGCAUUCCCAUCUUUACACCCAUCGAUCUGAAUCUCUACUGUGGCAAACCUCCGUUGCACCUGGUCAUGUACACUCUCAACGGUGAUGACGAGAAGCGCCACCUACAGAGUCGAAAGACCUACUUCUUCCGUGUUUGCUUCUGGAGCUCUCUCAAGCGCCCGGACAAGGACGUUGUGAUGAAAGUCGCUGGACAGUCCCUUGAUCUGUUGAAGCGGAGGCGGAAGCAUCUCAGUAAUUUGCCGAAGGCUGCAUCUCAAGGACUGUCGCUUUUUGGGCUAAAUGUUUUCCAGUGCUGCGUGGACCGGGAAUCCGCACCAGCUAGCUGUGUCUCGUAGCCCACUGAGUUGUGCCGUUCAAAAAAAGCAGGGAGAGG